CCAAGCUCCCAUUUUUUCCCAUAUUUAGGCGGAGUCCUGGAAGCAAAUUCCAAUUCAAAUAUAGUUACUACAACUGUUAAUUAGCUUCGAUCAACAAUUUCCCUCACACACAUACCACAAAUAUGUCCCUUCAUUCAACCAACCCCGACCUGCAGCUGGCAACGAGAGACUUGGACGGGACGCGAUGGGGCAAAAACAAAGUCGCCGGAGCCGGCAGCUUGACGCAGCAGAUUGCCGUCGGCGGCGAUCAUCGGAAGGAGAGAAUCAAGAAGCUCUUUGAGAAGUCCGAGCUGUCCGCCUCUGCCUACGACACGGCAUGGGUGGCGAUGGUUCCAUCUCCUGCUCCGCCGGCGGUUUCACCAGAAAAACCAAUCUUCCCGGGAUGCCUGACAUGGAUACUGGAGAACCAGCACAACGAUGGCUCCUGGAGUUUGCACUCCGUUCACGGCGUCAGAGACCAGACGUUGAUGAAGGACGCGCUCUCGUCUACCCUGGCCUGCAUUCUUGCACUCAAACGAUGGGGCACAGGCGACCACCACGUUCACAGCGCGCUGGCUUUUAUGGAGCGGAAUUCAGGUUCCCUCUUGGACUCCAGCCUGCAAGCUCCGAUCGGAUUCGACGUCGUAUUCCCUUCAAUGGUCCAAACAUUGACUCAGGAUUACAGUCUGAAUCUUCCGCUCGACGUUGACGCCAUGAUCCGCAACAGAGACGUUGCGUUGACCGGCGUGGACCGAACCGUUGGCCGUGACGCCUACUUGGCCUACAUAUUGGAAGGGAUCGGAGGCUUUCAGGGUCAGGGAAAUGCCAUGAGGUUCCAAAGGAAGAACGGGUCGAUCCUCAACUCGCCGUCGGCGACCGCCGCCGCUGUUAUUCACGGUCACGGCGGUGAUGCACUCUCGCUCGGCUACCUCCGGUCGGUAUUACGCACCACCACUGCCGGAAGCAACGCAGCCGCAGUUCCAGCGGUUCAUCCUCAUGAAAUUCAGGCUCGACUCUGCCUGAUAGAUACUGUUGAGAGUUUGGGAAUCGAUCGCCAUUUCCGAGAGGAGAUCGAGCUGGCAUUGGACGAGAUCCACAGACGCUGGCGGCAGGGGGAGGAAGAGAUAUUCCUUGAUGCCACGACUUGCGCCAUGGCGUUUCGGAUAUUACGACUCAACGGAUAUCCGGUUUCGUCAGAUGUCUUCAAUCGAUUCACAGAGGACCGGUUCUGGAAUGAAACCCUAGAAGGGUAUUUGAAGGAUGGAAGAGCAGUGUUGGAGUUGCACAGAGCUGCCAGAAUCGCCACUUGCCUGCACGACGACGAGGCAUCCACCAUCCUUGGAAGCCAACAGCUGUGGACGGCGCACUUCCUUAAGCAACUUGCUCUGGAUCAUUGUCGCGAUGUGACCAAUCACAGUCCAGCACAAAAGAAAAAAUUAAAUAAUUAUGUCACUCAAGUGAAUGAUGUUGUACGUUAUCCGUUCCACGCUGAUUUGGACAUCCUGGUUCACAAAAGAAAUGCUGAGCAGUACUGUCCUGACAACACCAGGAUUCUUAAAUCCUCCUUCAGCUGUGCCGCUUUUGGGGGCCAAGACUUUCAGAAACUAGCAGUGGAAGACUUCAACUCCCGUCAAUCAUUACACCGCAAAGAAGUACAACAUCUGAUGCAGUGGCUUAAAGGAAAAAAAUUAGAUGAUGAUUCGAUGCUGGCCAAGGUGAAAACCCGCUACUGUCACUUCCACGGCUCCACCACUUUCACCGAACCGGAGCUCUCCCACGCUCGCAUCUUGCUCUGCAAGCACGCCGUCCUCGUCUGUGUCGUCGACGCCGUGUUCGACAUCGACGGAACUCACGAGGAGCAGCUGAACAUUGUCGAUUUGUUGGAGAGGUGGGAUGUGAACGGACCAAAGGCAGAGUUCUGUUCAAAGCGAGUGGAGACGAUAUACUGGGCGAUCCACGGUGCUAUAUGUGAGAGCGUGGAGAAAGCUUUUCCAACGCAAGGACGUAGUGUGAUGGAUCACGUCGUCGAGCUUUGGGUGGAUAUUGUAAAAGGAAUGUUGCAGGAAGCAGAAUGGUGCAGAACGAACACUAUCCCGACACUGGAAGAAUACAUGGAGACUUCAUCGAUUACACUUGGAGUUGCAGCAUUCUUGCUCCCUGCCAUAUACUCAGCUGGGCACAAGCUAGAAGACGAUGUUGUCAGAGGUCCGCAAUACCAAAGGUUGUUCUUGCUCACAACCACCAUCGGACGUCUCUUGAACGAUGUUAGAGGCUUUGAGAGAGAAGCAGAAGAAGGCAACGUGAAUGCAGUGUCACUAAGAAUCAUGAGAAGAGGAAUGGACAUGGAAGAAGCUGUUGAAGAGGUUGAAAACCAGAUAACAACCUUGACGCGACAAAUGAUGAGAUUGACCACCGGAGAAGACAACUGCGGCGAGGUUCCUAAAGCAGUGAGGUUGAUGUUUUGGAGAGCGGUGAAAGGCUUCUUCUUUUUCUACAUGAAGGAGGAUCUGUACCAUGCCAGCACCAAACUGGUGAAGGUUGUAGAAUCUGUGAUGAACGAACCAAUCUCUAUUGCCUAAAGACUUCAGUUAGACUACUCAUAAAAAUAAAAAUGCAGAUCAUAUAGUUAUCAUAAGUUGUCGUUGUUAUUCUAUUUUUUAAUGUUAGAUUGAUGUAUGUUUUUUAUUUAAAAUGAUACAACUAAUAUAUGUAGAUUGAUUAAGAUUCUUGUCAUUCUUGAAAAUGACCACAGUUCAAAUCCUAAUAUGUGUUUAUUCUUUAAUGAAUAAAUGAGAAACAA